GAAAGUAAACCUAGUAUCAAUGUCUGUAUAAUCGUAUAUGAUUGUAACAGAUUGCUAGUCAUUACAUAUUCCUAAAUCUACAGCUUUACUUUAACACAUUGUUCUAUCCACUUGCAAUGGCUUCUAUUUUGACUCUUCGACUUUCCCCAUCUUCGUAUCAGCGACUAAUUCAACCAAAUUUAACGGGAUUAAGGAGGGCCGAAUUGGGGUUUGAUUCGUGUCGAUUGAAUCUUAGAAAUGACCAACGGAAAGCUAAAAAGUUUGUUAUACGACUUGCUCUUAGUGGAGAUAGUGACAAGCAGGACAAAUCAAUUCAAGAUAUAGUGUUUGUUAAUACCCGAAACACUCUUGUCAAGUUUCGAGAAUCCGUUUGCUCUCGACCUCACAUUUUCGUGACAAAGAGAACAUCUACUUCGUAUGUUGCUGUUGGAAUAUGUGUUGUGACGAUGUUUCUAGUCAUUGUAAUGCGAGUUUAUAAGUCAAGGAUUUCAAGGCCUAGUCGUCCUGGUUCUGUAGCUGAUCUUGUUAGGCGUGGGCAGCUGCGAUCAGAUAGAAGAGGCAUCUCAAGUACUCUCAAAUAUGAAGAUCCGUUUAAUAACCCAAUGGUGAAGAUCAGCAUGACUAAUUCAACUGUUGAGAUGUGCGGAAAGGUUUAUCGAUUAGCACCAGUUACUCUUACCAGGGAGCAACAAAAUGUCCAUAUAAAAAGGAGGUCACGAGCUUACCAGUGGAAAAGACCCACAAUAUUUCUUAAAGAAGGAGAUGCAGUACCCUCUGACGUAGACCCUGAUACAAUUAGGUGGAUUCCUGCAAAUCACCCAUUUGCCACAACUGUCAGUGACAUUGAUGAAGAUAUGGCGCAGACCAAUGUGUAUCAGAAGCACGGUGUUCCAUUCCGUAUAAAAGCUGAGCAUGAGGCACUGCAGAAAAAGCUAGAAUCACUACAAAAUGACCAGAAAUUCAGCAAAUUGACAAUCGAUGCCGGAAAUGCUAAAAAUUUUGAGAGGCCCUUUAGAACACAAUUAAAGCCUGAUGAUCAGGUAGAAGAAAAACUCUCUAAUGGUCCAUCUAGGCAUACCCAGUCAGAUUGUACCCGCAAUUCUCUUGGAAGCAACACAAAUACUGAUGAUAUACAGCAUACUUGAGCUACAUCUUUCCUCAACAGUAUAUCAGAGCUGUAAAGGGUUGAAGAAAUUGAAACUCCAAAGCUCCAAUCUUGUACAGUCAGUAAAUGUACUAUUUCUAAAGCUGCUAUUAAUACUCUUAGAUAUCUUCAAACAAAGUUGGAUGCAGAUGAUAAGGAAGAAAAUGUUUUCAUAAGAGGCUUGCUGAGAUUCAUUAACAUCAUUCUUGACGAGCAAGGAAAGAAAAGGAGUCAGAGAAAGUGAGGAAUACGAAAGGAAAGAAAAAUACAUUAAUCAGCUCAGUCUAGAGGAGCCACUUCACAAAUCUGUACUUUCUCAACUCAAUCUUAUUCCAAGUUAUCCAAUUUUCAAUGUAAAUGUUGUUCUGUAGCUUAAUACAAAUUAAAUUAUGUUGUCUCAUGGUGUAAAUGUUCUUAGAGUGUUUUGUUCUCAUCAAGGAUCCAAUUUAUAUUAGAAAUUCCAUCGGAUAUAAAUUUUGGAAGGUUUCUGUUA